AAUCAGAGCACCGGGAAAUUAAGAGGGUGUUGAAAAGCGUGAAUGGCGACCAAUAGUAUACCGGAAGGGCUUGGCGUCGUCCAAUCAACUCUCCCAGCACCGCCAAUCACCCAGAGCCACGCCCCUACGCGUGACGAAAGUAGGGUGGGUAGCAACAGUUGCCCCGGUGAGGGAAACGGAGGCGCCAUAGCCACGGUAGUCGUGGCGACCAAGCAACCCGGCAACGCGAGUCAACAACAACAACCGGCCGACCGACCCCCACCCCCACCCCCACCCCCGGCUUGGCCUGGGGACCCUGGCACGUUCCGUUCCCCUCCCCACAUCGCCACUGAGGCCUCCGAAAAGCCGUUCCGCGGACAGAAGCGGGUAGAAGCCAAGAGAAGAAAAAAAGUCUUAUUUAUUAUCAUUUUCCCCACUGUUGGCAUGGCAACCCAGGCAUACGUUACAGAGCUACAGGCAGCCUCGAAAGCAUCGCAGCCACCUCAGGCCCCACCCCAGGCCCAGCCCCAGCCGCCACCCCCACCACCCCCAGCAGCACCCCAGCCCUCCCAGCCGCCCACUGCUGCCACCACCCCCCAGCCCCAGUAUGUCACCGAACUGCAGAGCCCCCAGCCGCAGGCACAGCCCCCAGGUGGCCAGAAGCAGUAUGUGACUGAGCUCCCAACUGCCCCUGAGCCCUCGCAGCCAGCCGGAGCACCCACCUCGGCCCCCACGUCACAGCAAUACAUCGUGGUCACCGUCUCGGAAGGUGCCAUGCGGGCCAGCGAGACUGUGUCAGAGGCCAGCCCAGGUGCCACGGCCAGCCAGACCGGCGUCCCCACCCAGGUGGUGCAGCAGGUGCAGGGCACCCAGCAGCAGCUGCUGGUCCAGAGCGUGCAGGCCAAGCCAGGCCAUGUGUCCCCGCUCCAGCUCACCAACAUCCAGGUGCCCCAGCAGGUUCUCCCCACACAGCGUCUGGUGGUACAGAGUGCGGCACCUGGCAGCAAGGGCAGCCAGGUCUCCUUGACAGUGCACGGAACUCAGCAGGUGCACUCGCCCCCAGAGCGGUCACCGGUGCAGGCCAACAGCUCCUCCAGCAAGACGGCCGGGACCCCCUCGGGCACAGUGCCACAGCCGCUGCAGGUCCAUGGCAUCCAGCAGAGCGUCUCUGUAUCCCAAGAGAGGUCGGUGGUCCAGGCCACCCCACAGGCGCCCAAAGCAAGCCCGGUGCAGCAGCUGAGUGUCCAGGGGCUCCAGCCAGUCCACGUGGUCCAAGAGGUGCAGCAGCUCCAGCAGGUGCCCGUGCCACAUGUGUACUCCAGCCAAGUACAGUAUGUGGAGGGUGGCGACGCCAGCUACACGGCCAGUGCCAUCCGCUCCAGCACGUACCCGUACCCCGAGACGCCGCUGUACACACAGACAGGGGGCACCAGCUACUAUGAGGCCGCGGGCACGACUGCCCAGGUUAGCACACCCGCCACCUCACAGACGGGGGCCAGCAGCGCUUCUGUGCCCAUGUAUGCAUCCGGCAGCCCAAUCGUCGCCAGCUCGACCAGCAGUGCUGGUGGGGCCAGCAGUGGUGGUGGAGGCAGUGGUGGCAGCGGGGGAGGCACUGGCAAUGGCAGUGGCAGCGGGAAUGGCAGUGGCAGCAGCGGCGGAGCGGGCACCUACGUGAUCCAAGGCGGCUACAUGCUGGGCAGCACCAGCCAGUCUUAUUCCCACACCACCCGUGCCUCACCAGCCACCGUCCAGUGGCUCCUGGACAACUAUGAGACGGCGGAGGGCGUGAGCCUGCCACGCAGCACCCUCUACUGCCACUACCUGCUGCACUGCCAGGAGCAGAAGCUGGAGCCCGUUAACGCUGCCUCCUUCGGCAAGCUCAUCCGCUCUGUCUUUAUGGGUCUGCGGACGCGCCGCCUUGGCACCAGGGGCAACUCCAAGUACCACUACUAUGGCCUGCGAAUCAAGGCUAGCUCACCCCUGCUGCGGCUCAUGGAGGACCAGCAACACAUGGCCAUGCGGGGUCAGCCCUUUUCCCCGAAGCAGAGGCUCAAGCCCAUCCAGAAGAUGGAGGGCAUGACCAAUGGUGUGGCCGUGGGGCAGCAGCAGCCUGCAGGGCUGUCAGACAUCAGCGCGCAGGUCCAACAGUACCAGCAGUUCCUGGAUGCAUCCCGUAGCCUCCCUGACUUCACGGAGCUCGACCUCCAGGGCAAAGUGCUUCCCGAGGGUGUUGGACCAGGGGACAUCAAGGCUUUCCAGGUCCUGUACCGGGAACACUGUGAGGCCAUCGUGGAUGUCAUGGUAAACCUGCAGUUCACACUGGUGGAAACGCUGUGGAAGACCUUCUGGAGGUACAACCUCAGCCAGCCCAGCGAGGCACCACCAUUGGCCGUGCACGAUGAGGCUGAGAAGCGGCUGCCCAAGGCCAGCCUGGUGCUCCUCUCCAAGUUUGAGCCCGUGCUCCAGUGGACCAAGCACUGUGACAACGUGUUAUACCAGGGCCUGGUGGAGAUCCUCAUCCCUGACGUGCUGCGGCCCAUCCCCAGUGCCUUGACCCAAGCGAUCCGGAACUUUGCCAAGAGUCUGGAGAGCUGGCUCACCCACGCCAUGGUGAACAUCCCCGAGGAGAUGCUGCGGGUAAAGGUGGCGGCGGCAGGUGCCUUCGCGCAGACCCUGCGGCGCUACACGUCACUCAACCACCUGGCGCAAGCAGCGCGUGCCGUGCUGCAGAACACCGCGCAAAUCAACCAGAUGCUCAGCGACCUCAACCGCGUGGACUUUGCCAACGUGCAGGAGCAGGCCUCAUGGGUGUGCCGCUGCGAGGACCGCGUGGUGCAGCGCCUGGAGCAGGACUUCAAGGUGACACUGCAGCAGCAGAACUCCCUAGAACAGUGGGCUGCCUGGCUGGACGGCGUCGUCAGCCAGGUGCUCAAGCCCUACCAGGGCAGCUCCGGCUUCCCCAAGGCCGCCAAACUCUUCCUCCUCAAGUGGUCCUUCUACAGCUCCAUGGUGAUCCGGGACCUGACCCUGCGCAGCGCUGCCAGCUUCGGCUCCUUCCACCUCAUCCGGCUGCUGUACGACGAGUACAUGUACUAUUUGAUCGAGCACCGCGUGGCGCAGGCCAAGGGGGAGACCCCGAUUGCUGUCAUGGGCGAGUUUGCCAACCUGGCCACCUCGCUGAACCCCUUGGAUGCAGACAAAGACGAAGAGGAGGAGGAGGAGGAGGAGAGCGAGGACGAGCUGCCACAGGACAUCGCGCUGGCAGCCGGCGGCGAGUCGCCCGCGCUGGGCCCUGAGUCGCUGGAGCCGCCGGCCAAGCUGGCGCGCACGGAUGCGCGCGGCCUCUUCGUGCAGGCGCUGCCGUCCAGUUAAGCUGCCCGUGGGUGCCCAUGCCAUCAGGCGGCACAAUCAUGGGGCCGGGGCCGCCGCCGCUGCAAACUGACCCGAUCCACGUGCCUUAAGGAACCCCGGUGCCCAGGCAGCCCGCCGGCCCGCCCCGCCCCGCCGGCUCCGGGCAGUAGGCAGGUCCCUCCCCACGAAACGUUAACUUAUUCUGCUCGCCGCCGGCUUUGCACAGCUGCCCGGGCUCCCCACUCUGGCGGGCGGCGCAGGGGCACAGCCCGGGACCCCUCCCCAGCACCCCACUGCUUCUCCCCCUUGGUAUAAGUGCAAUUAAAGCUGUGGGCGUCGCGUCUUCUCCAGAGCUGAGCCCUGACUCUGACUCGCUCCCUGGCCCUGCAACCUGAGAGGGCGGCCGGCCGGCCUCGGCCUCCCAGUCCAAAGCAGCAGGGCUGUGGGGUGGAAGCGCCCUGCCCGGCUUAGAGAAGCUCAGCCGGAGACUCUCCUGCUCCCCGUGGACCCUGACUAUUGUGCGAUUUGUGAGCCGCGUGAGCGGAGUUGGUAACUUGUUGGGUUUUUUUCCAACCAUCAUGGCCUUAUCUGUUCCAGUUUUCUCAAGUGUUUUCAACCUGUGAGAUAGAUGUUUAUGGCAAAAAAAGAAAAAAAAAAAAUCACAAAAAACAGGAAAAUCUAACCUAUUGUAUAAAAAAAUCAC